CCGCAAAAGCGCACAACAGCUUUUAUUUUUGUCCCCUUCAGAGCCAAGCGAGUGGCGUUUAGCCAAGGUUGGUGGUGUUUUUAGACUUAUGUGCGCUCUUGUAUUUUGAUUUUUUUGUGUGUAUGUGUGUGUUCAAGCCACGUUAUGGGAUUGUUAAAAGGGAAAUCCACGUUGCGCAGAGAUUUUGCGCGUCGACGCCGUUGAGAAAAAACUUGAGGUGUACAGUGAGGAUUAAGAAGAUGGAUUUGCCAUAUGUACUGAAAUACUGAAAUACUGAAAUGUCUGCAGAAGUGGCGCUUUUUGCAAACUGACGCUAAAUUCCAGAUGGGAUGCCUUUAUCUGUGUGAGACCCAAAGACACUGAAGUAUCAUGGCCUUCCUGAUCUUCCCAUCAUCUCCUCCGAACCUGACGGACCACUUCAUGUAUGACAGUUUCAUGCAGGCCAAUGAAACGGACCCUCAAGGGAACACUACGGACUUCAGUUUCACCAGAACCAGCACGGUGGUCAUCACCUGCAUGUACUUUCUGGUCUGCACCGUGGGGCUCUGUGGAAACGCCCUCGUGAUUUACGUCAUCCUACGCUACGCCAAGAUGAAAACCGUCACCAAUAUCUACAUCCUCAACUUGGCGGUGGCUGAUGUUCUCUUCAUGUUGGGCCUUCCUUUCAUCGCUAUCCAGUUGGCGCUCGUCCACUGGCCGUUCGGUCCAGUGCUCUGCAGGGUAGUGAUGACCGUCGACUCCUUGAAUCAGUUCACAUCCAUCUUCUGCCUGAUGGUGAUGAGUAUCGACCGCUACCUGGCUGUGGUGCAUCCAAUCAAAUCUACAAAAUGGCGCAAACCACGUAUGGCCAAAACCAUCAACAUGGCAGUGUGGGGGGUGUCGCUGAUGGUCAACUUACCCAUUGUUAUCUACAGCGGUAUCAUCACAAAGCAUGAUGGGAGCUUCUGCACCAUUGUGUGGCCUGAGCCUCAGGAGGCCUACUACACGGCGUUCAUGUUCUACACCUUCAUCCUGGGCUUCUUCCUGCCCCUCAUGGUCAUCUGCCUUUGCUACUUGUUCAUCAUCAUCAAGGUGAAGUCGUCAGGUAUCCGAGUGGGCUCAUCCAAGAGGAAGCGCUCCGAGAGGAAGGUGACUCGGAUGGUGUCCAUCGUGGUGGCGGUGUUCGUCUUCUGUUGGCUGCCUUUCUACGUCUUCAACGUGACUUCGGUGACAGGCACCAUCAGCACCACACCCAUUCUGAGGAGCACCUUCGCUUUCGUGGUGGUUCUAGGAUACGCCAACAGCUGCGCCAACCCCAUACUGUACGCCUUCCUGUCAGAGAACUUCAAGAAGAGUUUCCAAAAUGUUCUCUGCCUAAAGAAGGUGGGAGGGCUGGAUGAGGCUGAGCGCAGCGACAGCCGGCAGGAUAAAUCUCGCAUCAUUAAUGACCCUACAGAGACUCAAAGUACUCUGCUGAACGGGGACCUGCAGACCAGCAUCUGAGCAGACGGAGACUGCAGCGACAGGCGUCUCACUGAAACUUAAAACAGUCACGUUUUAUCAGUCUCCACAGUCACCUCAGAGGGAGGAUGAUCAAAUAUUAAACAAUGGAUUCACUCAGACACAUGGCAUUUGUUGAAGAAGACAAAGCACCGACGGAGAUCUUAUUGAUGUGGAACUGCAUGUUCCACUGUUUGCCUCUAUUGUCCACACAUUGUUGAGUUUCCCUAGCUGUUAAUCAAAUCAUUGUAACACGAGCAGAAGUCAAAUCAAAUGUUUGCUCUGUGAUGUAAAUCAAACGAAAAUGAAAUCUGUUCUAUUUGCCUGGAGUUUAUUGACUCUGACAGAAGUAGAGCAGAUAAUAAAACCUAUUCGCAAAUGUUCCCCUGGAUUGCAUGAAAUUUCCAUGGAGACCCAAGAUUACAGGAGCUGUUCCAAGUUUCUUUUUUUUUUUUUUUACUUAUGUACUGCAUAAAAUAAUAAUAUAACUAGGUGGACAUACUGUAAGCUGUAAGUGUCACAUAUUCUGGAUAGAACUGACAUCAUUACCCUUUUUUAUUUUAGUCCUUAUCUCUUAUUCAAGUUAUUUUUUCCUCGAGUGUUUCGAUUAUAGGUAGAUUUUUCCCUUUGUGACAAUAUUUAUUUAGCUUAUCUUCGAGGCUGUAAAUAGGAAUUGUAAAUAAGUAAUGAUUUUACAUUCAUGCACGGAACAUAAUGACCAUUACAGAUAUUGAUUCCGGUGUUCUGUGAAAUGGCGGUCUAAUUUACAAUGUAUCAAAUGUAAAUGAGAGUUUCAGUGUUCGGUAGCAAAAUAUAGUCAUUUGUUACUUUUUCCGUGCAUCAUUACAGUAACAUGCAUUAUUUAUAUUGUACUGGUUUAGUCAAUGUAUGGAGCCAGUCUCUAACCAAAGUGCUGCUAUCAUGUAUAGAAAUACUGCUGUAUAGUAUUAUAUAGAGAACUAUCACUGUUUGUACCGGUCUGAGGUUUUGUUAUAAAUCCAGUAUAUGAUGUAAGAUGUGGUCAUUUUUUGAGGUUGUUACAGUAGCUAUUAUCAAACUGACCGCCAAAUUCUCACUUAAUGCAUAGAAAUGUAUAAAUAGUGAAAACCUAGCAUCAUAUUUUCUAUUACAACAGUGUAAAA